AGUCGGUCCUCCUCCUCGGUUGUACUUGCAGCGGGCAGCUAGCAGCGGCGUGGCGCAGCACAGCACCGAGCCUACGACACCGGGAAGCAGCCGUGAGACGCACGCAACCCGAAUCACCUCCUACUACGACGCGAGCAACGAGCCACGAACCAUGAGCAGCUACCACAAACCCGACGAGAAAACCCUGCAGGGGCUGAAAGAUGUCGCUAACAAGCUCAGGAUCCACUCCAUCAAAGCGACGUGCGCCUCUAACUCGGGCCACCCUACCUCAUGCUGCAGUGCUGCAGAGCUCAUGUCCGUGCUCUUCUUCCAUGUCAUGCGCUAUAAAGCAACGGAUCCACGCAACCAGUGCAACGAUCGCUUUGUCCUGUCAAAGGGUCAUGCUGCUCCAAUCCUUUAUGCUGCCUGGGCAGAGGCAGGUUUCGUGAAGGAGUCUGAUCUGGUCAACCUGCGUAAGAUUGACUGUGACCUGGAGGGACACCCCACCCCCAAACUGGAAUUUGUUGACAUGGCAACCGGCUCUCUAGGACAGGGUCUUGGAGCUGCCUGUGGAAUGGCCUACACCGGCAAGAACUUUGACAAAUCCAGUUACCGUGUGUACUGCAUACUGGGUGAUGGUGAGUGUUCCGAGGGUUCAGUCUGGGAGGCCAUGGCCUUUGCCUCCUACUACAAGCUGGACAACCUGGUUGCCAUCUUGGAUGUCAAUCGGCUUGGUCAGAGCGAGGCCGCUCCCCUGAAGCACGACAUGGAAGCUUAUCGCAAACGCUGUGAAGCCUUUGGGUGGAACACCUACGUUGUUGAUGGACAUGACGUGGAGGAGCUAUGCAAAGCUUUCUGGCAGGCUCAGCAGGUCAAGGACAAACCUACUUGCAUCGUUGCAAAGACCUUUAAAGGCAAAGGACUCAAAAAUAUUGAGGAUCUUGAUAACUGGCAUGGAAAGCCCAUCCCCAAGGAGAGAGUGGAUGAACUCCUGAAGGAGCUGCAGGAUCAGAUCCAGGUCCCAAACAAAACCCUGUGCCCUCAGCUGCCCCUUGAGGACACGGCACCUGCAGACCUCAGCCCAAUCUCCCUGCCCUCACCCCCCGCGUACAAGGAGGGAGACAAGAUUGCAACGAGGCGAGCGUAUGGCGUCGCCCUGGCCAAACUGGGCCAGUCAAGCCAGAAAGUGGUGGCCCUCGAUGGAGACACCAAGAACUCCACCUUUUCAGAUAUGUUCAAGAAGGCGUUCCCUGACCGCUACAUCGAGUGUUUCAUUGCAGAACAGAACAUGGUCGGCGUGGCCAUGGGCUGCGCCACCCGCGACCGCACGGUCGCGUUUGCCAGCACCUUUGCUGCCUUCCUCUCCAGAGCCUACGAUCAAAUCCGCAUGGGCGCCAUCUCCCAGUCGAACGUCAACCUGGUGGGGUCUCACUGUGGCAUCUCCAUUGGUGAGGACGGUCCUUCCCAGAUGGCCCUUGAAGACUUGGCCAUGUUCCGUGCCAUCCCGACGUGCACGGUGUUCUACCCCAGUGACGGCGUGUCAACAGAGAGGGCUGUGGAGCUAGCCGCUAACACAAAGGGCAUCUGUUUUAUCCGUACCAGUCGUCCUGACACCAAGAUCCUCUACUCUCCUAAUGAGAAGUUUGAAGUGGGAGUAGCCAAGGUGGUGCGCGAGUCUGCUAAUGAUCAUGUGACUGUGAUUGGAGCUGGUGUGACUCUACAUGAAGCUCUGGCUGCUGCGGACACGCUGGCCAGUGAAGGGAAGCACAUUCGUGUGAUUGACCCAUUCACCAUCAAACCCCUGGAUGCUGCCACCAUUCUGGCCAGUGCCAGAGCCACAGGAGGACAAAUAAUCACUGUGGAGGACCACUACAAGGAGGGUGGCCUCGGUGAAGCCGUGCUGUCGGCAGUGGGCACGGAGCCCGGCAUCGUCGUGACCCGGCUGGCGGUCUCUGGCGUCCCCCGCAGUGGAAAGCCCCAAGAACUGCUCGACCUCUUCGGCAUCAGUGCGAAGCACAUCGCCAACGCUGUGCGUCAGACCUUUGCCAACUAAAGACUGCUUCUGGUCACCGUUCAGUCCCAACUUCCUGCUCCGCUUGUUGCUACCAGGCGCCAUCAAACUUAAACCUUUCCCAUCGUGUAGCUUUGACCUAAGAGCAAAGCCUGUGGUGUUAAUAUUUCCUUCUAGUACCUUCAUUCUAAACAUUCCUUCUUUGGACCCACCACCUAAAAUGUUUUGCCAGCAGCUUAGAAAAGCUUAUUACUGUUUGUGGUGACUGUCUGCAGUUUAAUGGCACUGUCACCUUUCUUUCCUACUUCUAUUGAAGACUACUUUUGUCACAGUCUUGAUGCUGUUCUUCAAAUUACUAAGUGUGGAGUGAAGCAUAAGCAGUCUGACCACAUGGGCACCACAUGUUACAGGCUUUCCAGGUCACCUGUCUGUGUUAGUGCUGAAUUAAACAGUUUAACUCGA